AUGUCCUCUCAAGUAUCACCUAGAAACAUGGCGUCUGAGUCACUCCAUUCUCGCCAAAACAAAGCAGAUACGUUCGUCGUUUCAAUCCCUGACGACGCAAAUGGCAACCAGCUGUUUUUAAAGAGAUUGAACGAAAUAUACAGCCCUGCGCUAAAGUUGUUGAAGCUUUUCGGGGCGUACUAUGGACAAACUAAUUUAAAACAUUUGGAAUGCACGCCAACCAGUCCGCGUGGAAAACAAAUAUUUUCGAAGAUAUAUUGUGGUCUGAUGAUUUCCCUUUUAUGCUUAGACUGCGUUAUGGCUGUCUCUGGGAUUUUUACUUCAGGGGCAGAAUUUGUCUUUUUGAUGUUUACUCUUAUAAAACUUAUGAUAGUUAUCUGUGGAAUAACCUCAUUAGCUUUCCUUCCUUUAACUACUACCAGAAGAAGUCGAUUCGAACAAUAUCUUCGUAGCUUAAUCACAAACAGCAAAGGUAUCAAUUUUAAUUUUGUGAGGAAAAAGUCGAGAAAAGGCUUCAUAGUUAUCUGUUUACUUUAUGUACCAAUUGUUACGUUUGCCGUUAUCGGUGAUCAAAAGUUGGACCUUGGCCUUACUUGUUGUAAGCCUUGGAGUGAGUGGUUUGGCUUUCGAGUGAUUGCGCAGUUGUCUACAAUUAUUGGCAGUGCAGUGUGGUUGCUUUCGAUGUAUUUCUUCUAUCUAACCUGUAGAAUCCUAGUAGAAUGUUUCGAUGGGCUUUAUAAGAGAAUGUCAUCAUUACCUCCGCUCUCAGCGGACUUUCCAUCUUUAAAAAUGGAACAUCACAAGUUAUGCGAAGUAGUCGAACUUGCCGACAAGAUGCUCGCCCCACUCCUUCUCGGGGUUGUGGCGUUGUACAUCCCAAUGCUGUGCAUCAGUUUUUACAACUCUGUCAUUUUCCGAGAGGAUUUGAAGUUGAUGGCUCUUGCUGCUGAUAUUUCCUGGUGCUUUAUUGCAGCAGGCGUCUUAGCAAUUGUCCUGUUCUUUGGAUCUAAAGUCAGCGAAAAGGUGUGCCGGGAAAAUUUCAUAUCAGUUCAUUGAUCGAUCUGCCUUUUAAACGUUUUUGAUUUACCAGUUUGCAUUUUUGUUGUUGUACCGUCGGUUGGUGUAGUAUAUUUAUUAUGUUCCUAUUUAUAUACACUUAGUAUUCCUCAGAUUCUUUUUUUUAGAUUCACAGUUUUCAAAAGAUUUUGCAAACGCUUCCCGUCUCGACAGCAGAAGAAGCAAAGGUAACUCUCAUUUUCUCUAUCUAUGUAUUUAUUACCUUAUUCCAACCCCAUUUCCUGUUUCGCAAAAUGCUUCACGCAAAUCAAAGGCAACCAAUUUUAUCGAAAGCCUUUCCCACGCUUUUAGUAAUUCCUAAAGCCUUCUUCCUUUCUGACCAUUUCCAGGUAUUGCUAUUUUUACUCGACCUUCAAGGAGAACCGAAAGGUUUAUCAAUUGGAGGAUUGCUGGUCAUAUCCAAGUCCACAUCCUUGGCGGUAAGACCUGUGAUCUUCAUCUUGUUUAGUUUCUUCUCGCUUAUGGUUGAAUUGAGUUUGAACUUAAUGAAACCCCUACAAAUUUUGCGAAAUUUCACUGUCUGAUAAUGUUCUAUUUCAGAUUGCUGGAAUGAUAGUCUCCUACUUCACAGUUCUUCUUUCUUUGCCGCGUUGAUGUUUGAAAGAUAUAACAUCGUUUAGUUAUGUCAAUGAGAUGGUUCUCAGAUUUCAAUCGAGGGCUAGUCUCUAUCACUGAAAUUGUUGGUUUUCUCGAGGUAAAAAUUGAUGUCAAGGAGAAGCCUUGUAACAUUUUAUCCUUUUUGGUAGCAAUGCAGCCUUCAGUAGACUUGCCUUUUUAAAGGUUGUUGUAAAGUUAUGACUUGUGCUCUGGAGCAUGCUUUUCAUUUAUACGAAAAAAUUGUGGUAUAGAAAUGAGAUAUGCAAAAAUUUAAUAAUUAGUCUUAUUUAGUGACUGAUAUAAAUCCUUAUAAUUAUGCCCAGAUAGCCCUUGAUAGGUUUAUUGUAAGCUAUGAUAAUAGUUUUGUAGGUUGUACUGACAAAGGAUUGUAAAAAUUUGUAAUAUUAUGGCGCCAUAAUAAGAACCGG